ACAAUGGCCGACAAAGUUGAUCUCACGAACCGCGACCCCAAUCACUUGAACGAUAACAUCAAGGUUCAAUUUGAAGACAUCCUCGCAGAACCGGAAGGAGCGCACUCUAUCGACUGCGUCUGGAAGCUUGCGUACACGUGCUUCUCGUGCUUGCUCGGACUCUGUUACAAGAUUUCUACCCUGUUGUGUGGCAUCUGCAUCGCCGCUGAGUGGGGCUGCGAGUUUGCCGGAGUCGCCUUCUAUCAUGUCUGGUUCACCACACCGAUGCUGAAGAUGUUUGAGAUGAAUUGUGCUGUUUUCUCAAAGAUGACCCGCACUUGUCUCGCGUGCUGCAUUGAGCCCUGCUGCGAGGCGUUUGGUAAAAUCUUCCACAAUUUCAAGAAAUAG